AUAGAAUUAUCAUCCAAUUCAAGUGCUGAGAGAAGAUAUGAAAAUAUCUGUUUUUGGCUUUCUCACAUUAGCUUUCCUCUUCUGUGUCUCAAUUCCAUCAGCAACUUCAGACUCAGCCUCCAAUAACUUUCUCAAAUGCUUUCAAUCCAAAACUAAUCUUUCCGUCUCCGAUUCCCCUUCCAAUGUCAUUUUCACCACAACCACUCCUUCCUACACCUCGGUCUUGCAAUCUUCUGCUCAAAACCUCCGAUUUGUGACUAAGUCCACACCAAAACCACAACUCAUUAUUCGGCCACUUGACAAAUCCCACAUUCAAGCAGCCGUCACUUGUUCCGAGGAAAACAACAUUAACAUACGUAUCCGAAGUGGGGGUCACGACUACGAGGGCCUUUCAUAUGUAUCCCACAUCUCAUUCAUCAUCGUCGACCUUUCCAAUCUCCGGUCCAUCACUAUCGAUGUGGAAAAUAAGACUGCGUGGGUCGAUUCAGGUGCAACACUAGGUGAAUUGUACCACGCAAUUGCUGAAGAAAGCAAGAUUUACGGUUUUCCAGCUGGUACUUGCCCCACGAUAGGCGUUGGAGGGCACUUAAGUGGAGGUGGAAUGGGUACCAUGUGCAGAAAAUAUGGCCUGGCCGCAGAUAAUGUCGUUGAUGCUCAAAUAGUAGGUGUAAACGGAAGGAUAUUCGAUAGGAAGUCGAUGGGGGAAGAACUUUUUUGGGCUAUUAGAGGUGGAGGAGGAGCGAGCUUUGGAAUCAUUUUCUCUUGGAAAAUAAAGCUUGUUCCAGUUCCAUCCACAGUUACUGUGUUCUUAAUCCAAAAGUCAUUGGAACAAGGUGCAACACAGCUCGUUCAGAAGUGGCAGCUCGUAGCAAAUAAACUCUCUCAAGAUCUAUUUAUCCGUCUUAUUAUAGGAGUUGCUGAUUCGGCGAGUGGAAAUUCAAACAAAACGAUUGCAGUUACCUUUGCGGCUGUUUUUUUGGGCAGACGUGAGCAACUCUUGACUAUGAUGGAGAACAGUUUUCAUGAGUUGGGAGUGGAGCAAAAGGACUGCAUCGAGAUGAGUUGGAUCCAGUCGGUCCUUUACGUUGCCGGAUUCUCAACCGAGGGAUCGUACGAUGUUUUGCUUAAUAGGAAUAACACGAACAAGUCCUAUUUCAAGGCAAAAUCGGAUUACGUGAAGGAACCCAUAUCGGAAGAAGGGUUAGAUGGGCUGUGGAACAUACUUCUUGAAGAAGAAAGUGGUUAUAUGAUUUGGACCCCUUACGGUGGUAGAAUGAGCGAGAUUUCGGAAUUUGAGAUCCCUUUCCCACAUAGAAGUGGGAACUUGUACGAAAUCCAAAAUGUGGUUACUUGGGAAACAGAGGAGGAAACAGAGGAGAAUGUGAAUUGGAUUAGAAGGCUUUACGGAUAUAUGACACCUUUUGUUUCGAGCAAUCCAAGAUCUGCCUUUCUUAAUUACAGAGAUCUUGACUUGGGGAUUAAUGGGAACGAGAAUGAAAGCUAUGGACAAGCAAGUGUUUGGGGAUUGAAGUACUUCAAUAGUAAUUUCAAGAGGCUGGCACAAAUCAAGACCCAAGUUGAUCCAAGUAACUUCUUUCGGUAUGAGCAGAGUAUCCCAUUGUUCCUGUCAUAAGGGAAAAGGAAGCUAGCAAUGGCUUGAUACGUCCUGGCCCGUUAUCAAUGUAAUAAAGAUUUUAUGCAUUCACUCUGCUUUUCUUUGGUUAUGACUCUUUAUAUAAUCCUCGUUCUUGCGACCCUUAUCUACUGUGACUAGGGGCGCAGAUAGGAUGUUCGAUUAAUGGGG